ACCAGGACGGGAGUCGGAUUGAGCGUUGGAGCCAAUCUGGAGCUGGGUUUUUGUCAGCUCUGUACUUCCGCUACGUGUCCCGGUCCAUGUCUUGCAAAGUCUUUAGAAAGGUCCUCAGGGUGAAGGGGAGACCGGAGAAAAGGCAUAGGGAAAGUUAAAUUGUGUAUUUUUUUUCUUUAACGCUCUGUGAAACAUUGCACUGUUGAGCGGCGGGAUGUGAUCGUUUGCUUGAGCUCUUUGGUUAGACAUCCACUGUGUAUCGGGCUCUUUACUAGGACCCAAGUUCGAAACAUGGCAACUUUGAAAGAUAUUACCAGGAGACUGAAGUCCAUCAAAAACAUCCAGAAGAUUACCAAGUCUAUGAAGAUGGUGGCAGCUGCAAAGUAUUCCCGGGCUGAGCGGGAGCUGAAGCCUGCUCGAGUGUAUGGAAUAGGCUCCUUGGCUCUUUAUGAGAAGGCUGAUAUAAAGGGACCCGAGGACAAGAAGAAACACCUCCUUAUCGGUGUGUCCUCAGAUCGAGGGCUCUGUGGUGCUAUUCAUUCCUCAGUGGCUAAGCUGAUGAAGAAUGAGGUGGCGAACCUCACAGCAGCCGGGAAAGAAGUUAUGAUUGUUGGAAUUGGUGAUAAAAUCAAGGGUAUACUUUAUAGGACUCACUCUGAUCAGUUUUUGGUGUCAUUCAAAGAUGUGGGACGAAAGCCCCCUACUUUUGGAGAUGCAUCAGUCAUUGCCCUUGAAUUGUUAAAUUCUGGAUAUGAAUUUGAUGAAGGCUCUAUCAUUUUUAAUCGGUUCAGGUCUGUUAUCUCCUACAAGACAGAAGAGAAGCCUAUCUUCUCUCUCAAUACCGUUGCAUCUGCUGAGAGCAUGAGCAUUUAUGAUGACAUUGAUACUGAUGUGCUACAGAAUUACCAAGAAUACAAUCUGGCCAACAUCAUCUACUACUCCCUGAAGGAGUCCACCACUAGUGAGCAGAGUGCCAGGAUGACGGCUAUGGACAACGCCAGCAAGAACGCUUCUGAGAUGAUUGACAAAUUGACGUUGACGUUCAACCGUACUCGGCAAGCUGUCAUCACAAAGGAGUUGAUUGAAAUCAUCUCUGGGGCUGCUGCUCUGGAUUAAUGAAAAUCAAGUUGCAUCUGAAGAUAAGAGGUAAAGGAAAACAGCAAGCUGAUUUUAACUGAUUGCUUUCUUUGUCAGAAGAAACUUGGUCUACUGAGUUACAAAGACAGCAAGAUGUUUGUAAAUUAUCUUACAAUAAACAACUUACAAUGAGAAAA